AUGUUCUACAGCCAUGAGAUUCUCACCAGCCAGGAUUACGGUGUGGCAACCGUCUGCUUGCUCUAUGGGCUCUCCCGGGUCUAUUCGCAGCAGUGCCAUUAUGUGCUCACCGACGCUGAACGAGUUCAGGCCCACAUGCGAGCAUUUUACAGCGCGUUGGGUGGGAGCGACAAUGCGUUGGAUCCUCAAGCAGGAAAAUCGAAUCGGAAGGAACUCAUCCUCGAGGAUGACCCAGAGUUUGAACUCAAUCCUGACCUUCCGGCCUUUCACUUUGACGAUGAUGGCAAUUUAGUUAUCCCGCAAGGAAGCCAGUCCUCGAGGAGGACCUCUUCUCAACUUUCGCCUCUGCAACCGGACGGCUCGAUCUCCAGUUCCAACCGCUCCAUUUUCCAAGGAUUCGAUCUCUCGCAGUCACCAUUCGCCGGCGGAAACUCAAUCAUCGCAGUACCGUACGGGACAGGAACAAUGACUCCGGGAAAGGAAGAUGACGGCUUGAUGCCAUUCGGCGACGAGGAGCGCGAGCUGCAAGCACUCGACGACUGGGGUAUUGAAAUUGACGCUGACGGAAACAUCGUGCCGGCCAUGGAGGAACCUCAGCUACCCAGGCUUCCGCAUCUAGAAGAGAAGGAACAUGGAGAUUUUGUGCAUCAAGAUCAGUUUGUCCCCGUUGACGAUCAAGGCGACGUAUUCAUGGCAGGUGCCAACGUCCUCUACUCGGAUCCACCGCUUCCACUGCAGGGAGACGGUAAGCACAGAGAGGAGCAAGAACAGGAACAGCAACAAGAACAAGAGGGGCAGGAAGUUGCCGUGCUAGCUGAGAUCAGCUCCGGCCAGGCUCCAGUGCGCGUCCAGCGCAAACGGCGUCGUCCGAACUUGGCGCCUGACGAACAAACCAAAAUCUCGCGGCAAGAACUCAAGUCUUGGUCAACCAAUUAUCUUGCCAACGCCGAACAGGCAAGCCAGCCGCGUCAUGCAGUCACUGCUUCCGAAGCUCGCAAAAACGCCUUUAAUCUUGUAUUUGGCCACGGUAUUGCCGGUGUCGGUUUCCCUACCGGCGUCCCGGGUCUUUCGCAUCCUCUGGCGCCACAAUUUGCAGGCGAGGGAUUGACAGCGCGCCUUCUCGGCAUCAUCAUCACGCACCCGGACCGCGACAAUCGGGAAGUUCACCGCGGACGCCGCCGCUCAGCCCUGGAAGCCCUCGAGCUGGAGCAAGACGACAUCGAGCGCCGCGUCCGCCGCCGUCCCAGUAACGACGAAUCCUCCCAGGACCCCCAACAUGCUCAACCACAACUCUUCCAGGGCGAUGAUGCCCUCCUUUCCCUUCCCGGUGAUGACGAACUCCCGCCCAUCGAAGUAGGCAGACGUGCCGGCUCCGUCCUACCCGACCUCCCCUCCGACGUACCCUGGAAUCGUCCCUCGUCCCAAAUCCCCAGCUCGUCCGUCAAGGGAGCGGGCAGCAAGCCCCCCAGCAGGCAAGUCAGCGCGAGCCCCCUUCACGGGCGGGGCAGCCUCCUGAUCCCUGGCCCCGAAGUCGAGCGCUUCAGCGACAACCAGCCCUUCUUCGGCUCCGACGGUCCCGGCAGCGAAGGGUUCGCCCCGCUCCACUCGGGCCCAGCUGGCGGCAGCGGCUCUAUCCCGUCACACCCCCUACUCCCUGGUGGUGACGCCGACAUGCUGUCCACAUCCCAGGUCAUGCGCGCCGCGCUCGACCGCGAAGGGCGCAAUUUCCUGACCUACAUCGAAUCGGUCACCCGGACCAAGGGCUACUACCCCAGCGAGAAUGAAAACGACAGCAAGCGGUGGGUCGAGUUCGAGUCGCUCUUCGAGGCAGAGGACCAGAAGCGCGCCGUGGUGGCGCAGGCGUUCUACCACGUCCUGUCGCUGGCGACCAAGAGCGUCAUCAGGGUCACGCAGGACGGCCAGGGCAGCAACGAGCCGUUUGGAACCAUCCGGCUCGGAGUAGAAAUGCUGGUUGAGGGUGAAGAGGGCAUGGCGGAUCUGGAGGCAGACGAGGAGAUGCAUGAUGCCUGA